UGGAGGGGGCGCAGUCCCGCGCCAUCCUCCGUGUCGCUAGCACGCUAAAGAAGUGCGACCGAUCGUGCCAGCCAGAUACUUCGUCGUGACAGUAGACGUUCAUUGAACUUGGAAUUUUUAUUUCCACUUGAUUUAUACCAGAUGAAAACGAUCUUGUCAUUGACUCUAUCCGCGUAGUCAUUUGAGUUUUCGCGAAGUGAGUGUUAAAUUUUAUUACUAUUAGUGAUCUUUUGGGUGUUUAUUUGACUGUACAUUCUCCGGAGUGUGGAUGAUCAUGAUGGUGUCGUUAGUACCGGCGGUUCUACUGGCCGCUCUGACGGUCCUUGCCAUUAAAAAUCAAAUCGUUAGUGCUGGCGAUAGCUACCAUAGACCUACCGUUGAUGCCAAGAUCCGCGAUGACAUCGAUUUAUCUCAGUUUUAUCAACUGCUGGAGGCCAGCCAGGUGGCAAACAACACAUUGACGUACAGGCAGGUGACAGUAUUCGCACCGACGAAUUUGGCCUUUCAAAAAUACAACGGCACCAUGGAAGGCCUCGUGCUCUAUCACAUGUCUAAUUUGGCGCAGACUUUGGAGGAGUUGGGGGAUUCUAUAUCGUCGGAGCUCGAUGGAAAUCCGCCUUUGUGGGUGACGCGGAAACCAGGACGGAGACAUGACGAGAUUUAUAUAAACAAUGCGAAGGUUCAACGGAAUGCUAGUAACUACGAAUCUACCAUUACGCUUUCUCCUAAGGAAACGAAGAAACAGGUCCUGCACGUUAUAUCGGAAGUCCUGGAACCGGUUCUCUCGAUUCCCACGGCCCCAGCAAUCUACAAUCCCAACGCACUUCAGUUUCUCAAUCUCAGCGACAGCCUGAAUAUCGGACGUCAUCGAAUUCGGUUAUUCCGUCAGCGUGUUUUCGACCUGAAAAAGACAGGCGUCUUCAAAGCCGAGGGUCGAUACACUUUCUUCCUCCCGGUCGACGAAGGAUUUCAGCCGUCACCCAGACCACAGAAGGUUGAUCAAAAGGUCGUAGAUGGACAUAUUAUUCCUGAUCAUAUACUCUUUACGGCGCCCACGCAACACGAUGUACCCUUCAGGACCUUGGCAUUCAGUGAUAAUAUCCGAGUCAGCAUUAGUUUCCUUUCGGAGCAGGAUGCCAAGGGUGACGUCAGAACCUACGUAAAAUCUACCACGACCUCAGGUGACGAUAAGCAUCCCCCUGGCGUAGUUCUUGCUGAAAUUGUAAAAGCCAACAUCCCUGUACGAAACGGAGUAGUUCAUCUCAUUCAGCGACCGUUGAUGAUCAUCGAUACGACAGUCACCGAUUUCCUUAAGUCUUUCCAGGGCAUCGAAAAGGAGGACGGUCCAAUUUACAAGUUUUACGAGGUUAUCCGCGAUUUUGGUGAUAAUUUUAUGAGCGACCUCACGACCCUCCACAACGUGACCUUAUUUGCACCUAGUAAUGCAGCAUGGAGCGAGCCUGGCAUAAAGCAGCUUCUCCAGGACAAGAAACGGAUGCGAGAGAUUCUGAACCUUCAUUGCGUCAAGCAACGACUUCCGCUGGCCGAAAUCAUACAGAGGAACAUUAAUCAGCUGUUCCAGGUACCCACGCUUACCGAGAGAAAGAAUCUCUACUUCAAUGUGGUGAAUGGACCAAAUGAAAACAAUACAUUAACCGUCGAGGGAGGCGGAGUAAACGCUACGGUUAUCACUCCUGAUAUAGCUGCUACCAAUGGCUACAUCCACAUCAUCAAUCGCGUUCUUGGUGUACCUUAUACCACAAUCUUGGAUAAGCUCAGGAUCGAUCCUAUGCUCAACUCGACAUACUUCCUGGGACAACGACGCGACUUCAAUGAGCAACUCAGCGACACGACAAAACGCUUCACCUACUUCGUGCCUCGCGAUUACGCCUGGAAGAACGCAGAGAUCAGCUAUCCGUCUGCCUACAAGAAACUCUUCAUGCCCGACUUCAGCUAUCACGCCAAGCAGAUCCUAGAAAGACAUCUGGUUGUGUCAGAUCGGGCUUAUACAAUGGCCAAGCUCAAAGAGAUGAGAUACAACAAUGAGACCAUUGAACUGACCACAGUAAGGGACAAGCUGAGAAUCCGAGUUAGGGAAACUGGAUCAAACGAGAAGAUUGACGAAAACGCUAUUCGUCCGCAAACCGAGGGUGGCUACUUCAUCGAGUGGGAACGAAAGAAAAUUCACGUCUUCCGUCCCGACGUCGAGUGCACCAAUGGCAUCAUCCACGUCAUUGACGGCGUCUUUCUUUUGGAUAGUGACGUCAGAGUAACCGGAGGCUCAUCCAUCGCUACCAUCGUACCGCACCUCGUCAUAAUUUUCGUAGCCACGUGGCUGUUGUAAGCCGACCACGAAUUUAGAUACAGCUAAAAUAUCCUGAGGCUGAUGACUAUACGACCUUCUACUGAUAAUCAAAUCAUCGAUUCAGGAACCACUUCCAUGCACUAUUAAAGCCUUUCGGCUGCUUGAUUAAGGAUUCAUUAAUAAGGAGAGAAUAUAAUUUGGCUCUCACGUUGAAUUGUCAUUACUAAGUAAUGGCAUAGGUACUAUGAUAAAUUCAUAUUACAUACUAGUGGAAUUAUGGUUUCCGUCCAUUGACUCGUUUAUAUUGACAGGAACCAAAAAAAAAAUCAUUAAGCAAUUCCAGAAAGACGUGCAAGCCAAAAUAUAAAGAGCAAGGAACAUGAAAUAAAAAUAAGUUGCAUACUAACAUUCAGAUGUUGGUUUUUUUUUCGAUCGAGCAGCCCCAGGUGAGGAUAGCCUAUUAUUUAUUGAUGGUCGUCCAAGGGACGAUGCUACGGGUUAGACUUUAUCGUACCAAAUAAUAAGUAACAAACGAGGCGAACAGAAGUUGAAAGAAGUUGCGAAUGUAAAGGUUUACGACGAACUGUUUGUGAAGUAUAUUACUUAAGUUUCUGAUUAAAAAAUAAAAUAAAGAUUUAAAAAAAGGACCAGGCAUCUACUACACGGCCGUUGUUGACCUACGUGCAAUGCGUGGAUUGCUCGGUUGGUAAUAAUGACCGCGAUGAAUAACUCGUGCGAACGAACAAUCUGAUCCAUGGACGAUCCUUAAACAAUCUUGCAGGUUGAGCCUGCGAAAUCUCAACCCGACCUAACCUAACACCAGAAAACUUUUCUAGCGACGAUGUUUCUUGUUUUAGUUGGUAAAGCGAUUAGAUUGGCUUUCGAAAUCCGUAUGGCUCAUAUUCGAUCUGGAAUCCACACGCUCUGUAUAAAUGUACUCUCUAAUUACCGAAAACGACCUACUACUGCCAGAAGUACUCGAGUCGCAAGAACUAGCGCACGCGUAGCACAGUCGAAGGGCAUAUCAUAAUCGAAUGCAGGAAAAACCAUCCUCGCGUACAGAUCAGCGUUCGUUAAUUAUAUUGAUCCAGCGAGAAAAUUUUUAUCGAUCAUUCUCAUACUAGGAAAAUCCGGUUAUAAAAGUAAAAUUAGGUACCGAUUACAAAACUAAUUAUCAAUGUUAAUUAAGAACCUGCGAAAUCUUUUGAAUGAGCUUUCCGGACAAGUUCGCCCGAUCCUAAUUCUCUUCCCGAUUUUCUAUCACCCCCCGGGAUGAACCUGGAAUGAAUCUGUUCCCAAUAUCCCUCGGGGAAUCGAAAAGUGAUCUUUAUCACAAUAAUGCACGUGGACGACGAAGCGUCUCUGUCUUGAAGUACCCGAUGCAGUUUAUCAAAAACGUACUAACGAAUAAGAUCUAGAUUUUAGAACGCGUGUUACGUCCAAAUAUCCGUGGAGCUCGACCAACGAUAUGAUAGGUUAUGAUCCAAAGUAAAAGAGAUGAAAAGAAAAUGAUGAAACUCUUAUACACGUUACAUAGGAAACUGCCGAACGCUGUAAACGAAAUUGUCACAGGGCGUUUGGCUGAUCGUUCAUUUUCACAGGAGACAUAAAAAGAAAAGAAUGAAAAACUAAUAAACGAUAUUACGUGUUGAUAUCAGUCUAUACAUAUAAUAUAUGAUACACAGAGAUAUAUUGAAGGGGAGAAGUGUACUGGGGAAAAGCAGAGAGCGUACAAGAGGAAGAAGAGAGUACUAUCAAACGAUAUCUUACUUGUUGUUGGGAUGAUAACUAUUAAUGAUUAUAUACAUAAACUCUAAUUAACACUGUUUGUUCGUUAGAUCAAUGAAAUAGUAGAGCUCUAUCUCUCUGUAUAGAUGUGUCUUAAUGUUCAGCUUGUCAUAUACGAAUCGAAUCACGUUCAUCUGAUUUAAAAGGGAUAAAAAAAACAAAUUGAAGAACGCAGAUAGCUGCAAAUGACUCACGAGUCAUCAGGCGCAGCUUUCGUAUACGGAUUCUAUUAAUCCUCCUCUCAUUGAAUAGAACUCAUUAAUAUAAUAGUAUUACGAUUCAUCGUGGUCGAUGAUUUUUAUGCCUCCCACCAUCCGGGUAACUGGAACCACGCUCUUUUUCACUUUAAUCGUAUAAAAUCGACUUUUGCAGAGCUUACAAUCGCAAGAGACACCCCACGCGUCAUUUUAGUUUCCUUCGUCACGGCACUCCUUUGCGUCCCGAUUACUGAGAUGGUUUUUCACGAAUAUUCAUAAGUUUCUUCCCUUCCUCGUUCACUCUGUUUCAACAACCAUAAAAGCAAUCCUUAUUUUGAUCUUCGAGAAUCCGAAAAAUUUUCAACAAUUGUUUCCUGACAGAUAACAAAGAUUUUUUGAUCCUUCGAUCUUAUACCACGCUUUCCAAACUUUCAAUCGACUGAUAUAGUAGCUUUUUUUUAAUUCCAUACAUUUGCCGAUCCUGCACGAUUUGCCACGUACCAUCGUCAUUAUUUGUACAUUUUGUAGAUAUUACGGUAUCGCUUACGGCGGGGCAGAUUGUGGUUAAUAUUAAAUACCUAAUGUUUAAACGGUUACGAGCAUUAGUUGAUGUCAAAUACUAAGGUUAACUAAUUGAAUCAAAGAAAACUCACGACCACCUCGAGAUUUUUGAUUUGUUGAUUGGCUGAUUCAACAACAUUCCUAAUCAAUCAGAAAUUUUUAAUCUCAAGUUAGUCUCUUACGUAUUAGGUAAUUACGCAACGCUACGUAUAGACACGA